ACAGAUUAAUUCAAAUGAAGACAUGUACACUUCAAGCCUAAUAAAAGAAAUUUGCUUAGCUCUUAUUUACUUUACCAUGAAGUGCCGAGCUCAUAUGGACUAACUAGACUGUGUAAUGAUGAUUUAGUGAAUUAGACACAAGUAAAAUCAUACUUGUUUUCACUGAGCUGCACAUUUUCAUCUGAGAAUAGCUGGUUAAAGCUGGUUUAAGAGAUUUUUUUUUGGCUUAGUAAAGGUCUGCACUUUAUAAACACACCAUCUUUUAGUUUGUGUACAUCUUUUAGUUUGUGUGUGUGUGUGUGUGUGUAGAUCAGUGUGCUUCCUCAACUCUUUGCAAGAGAAGGACUGAGGUCACUUGGAAGGAAACCGGGCCGCUCUAUUCUUGUCGAGCCUUUUGCCUCCCAUUAGUGAAGUCUGCUGCCGUGUUGAAAGACGGACGGGACUUUCUUGGACCAGGAAUUCGUCUUUUUCCCAAAACAAUUUCCAACAACAUGACCUCCAAUUCAAAUUUGUCCAACAUGCGACGGCUCGUAGAACAACUGAAGCUCGAAGCCAGUGUGGAGCGAAUCAAGGUGUCGCAGGCAGCUGCAGAGCUCCAGCAGUACUGUCUGCAGAAUGCAGGCAAGGACGCCCUGCUGGUGGGAGUCCCCACAGGCAGCAACCCCUUCAGAGAGCCACGCUCCUGUGCUGUAGUGUGACCGUCAAAGUAAGAAGAUGAAGUGGACACAUCUGUGGCGCGUCUCAGUCACCGAAAAGAAGAGUUGUGCUUUUUAUACCACAUGAAAACAAAAUGUAAAAUACUUUAAGGAAAAAUAAAAAUAAAUAUCAAGUGUGUUUACACCACAGUUUAGACGUUCAUUUUCUUAAAACACAUACUUCAUAGUCUACAUCUGUAUCAGUGUGACUGCUGUUUAUAUGGAUUGUACAAAGUGGAUGUUUAUGCACAGGCUCUAAAUUACACCCUGGAAUCUCAGUGUGUUGGCGCUUCCUGAUGUUCAGUCUGAGCCAGAGAAAGGAAACGGUGUCUUCCUGUCUGAAACUGCACAAGACACUUAACACAGAGUUACAUUCCACUCAGGCCUUUGAAGCUUUUUCAUUAUUAUUAUUAUUAUACACAAGCUUGAGGCUAUGUUUGAUGAGAGAUAUCAUCAAAUUCAUUAUAAUCAUAUGUUGGCGAUUUGAUUUAAGUGUUUUUAGUCAUUUAAAUCCAAGUCAAACUUAUUUCCUCUUUAAUGUGGAUCGUGAUUUAUCUGACAUGUCGUUAUCUUUAUCAGCAUAAAAGACAUCUGGCUAGUUAUUUUUAACAAAUACCUCACAAAAAAGAAAGUGCAUGUUACUCAUAAUCUCUGCACAAUAAUUUAUAUAUAUAUAUAUAUAUAUAUAUAUAUAUACAUAUAUAUACAUAUACUUUUUAUAUUGGCUAAAAUGGAAUAGGUGCCAUUUAAAGUAAUGUGUUACAUGCUAUGUUUUAAUAUAAUUGCACAAAAUUAAAGCUCACAUACAAAUAUGCAUAUUAAAAACAGGAAUUGUAUGAAACAAUUAUGUUUUUAAAGUGAACCGUAUGCAAAUUACCAUGAAGAGUUAUACAGAAAUGUUGGAAAACUACACAAACAGUGUGGCUUAAGCCACUGAUUUUUGAAUGAAAUAUAUAAAAAACCUUUUAUGAAAGUUUGGGUAGCGUGUUUGAAGAAACAUACUGAAUAAUAUUUAGUCUAUCGGGAAGAGACUUUUCACUUUUCACAGUUGCAAUGACCAGACAUAAAUAAGUAUGAGAAGGGGCAAAAAAAAAAAGGAAAAAUAACAUCAACCACACUUUGACAAAGAGAAGCAACACAAAAACAUGCCAAACGUUUAGCAGAAGUUGAAUUCAUUUACUAAAUGAGGUCCCCACUGUGUAUUAGCACAUGCACAUUCUGAUUUUUUGUGUCAAGGAAUCCAAAUUUUGCACCCAAACCGAACCAAAAAAUGGACUCACUUUGAUGUUUUCCACAGUUUCUCUGAUCAUGUUGCCCCAGUCUUCCAUAGUGUGGGACGUGGGUUGGCUAUAAUCAAUGGAAGGAACUGUGCAGCUCACAAGGGGUUCAUUAAUGUGCGUCGGGAACUUUUACAGAGCUUUGAAAUGUUUUGAUCUCUGUGUCGUUUGUCAGUUUCUUGCGCAGCUUGAGUCUUUGGCACCAUAUACUGUAUGUCACUCUCUCCUUUUUUUUUUCCAUUGUCUUUCUUCCUCUCUGUGUUCUUUUCCCUUUCCAGAAGUGAUCGCCUGUUUCUUACAUUAAUCAUCAAAUAAAAGACAUGAAACACAGA